AUGUCCAACAGCAGCUCCAUCAGACAGUUCCUUCUGGCACUGGCAGACACGCGGCAGCUGCAGCUCCUGCACUUCUGCCUCUUCCUGGGCAUCUCCCUGGCUGCCCUCCUGGGCAACGGCCUCAUCAUCAGCGCCGUAGCCUGCGGCCACCACCUGCACACCCCCAUGUUCUUCUUCCUGCUCAACCUGGCCCUCACUGACCUGGGCUGCAUCUGCACCACUGUGCCCAAAGCCAUGCACAAUUCCCUCUGGGACACCAGGAACAUCUCCUACUCAGGAUGUGCUGCUCAGCUCUUUCUGUUUAUCUUCUUCAUCUCAUCAGAGUAUUCCCUCCUGACCAUCAUGUGCUACGACCGCUACGUGUCCAUCUGCAAACCCCUGCACUACGGGACCCUCCUGGGCAGCAGAGCUUGUGCCCACAUGGCAGCAGCUGCCUGGGCCAGUGCCUUUCUCAAUGCUCUGCUGCACACGGCCAAUACAUUUUCCCUGCCCCUGUGCCAUGGCAAUGCCCUGGGCCAGUUCUUCUGUGAAAUCCCACACAUCCUCAAGCUCUCCUGCUCACACUCCUACCUCAGGGAACUUGGGCUUCUUGCUGUUUCUGCCUGUUUAGCUUUUGGUUGUUUCCUGUUUAUUGUUUUCUCCUACCCCCGUGGGGCUGCUGCUGCUGGGGACAGUGAGGACGACAUCAAGGAUGAGAACCUCUUCCUCCACCUGGCCACUGUCAAUCUGAAGAUGAUGGACUUGGAUUCUGGCACCUUCUUCAAAGCCAGAGUCAGUCCGAAGUUUGACAUCAAGGAUGAGAACCUUUUCCUCCACCUGGCCACUGUCAAUCUGAAGAUGAUGGACUUGGAUUCUGGCACCUUCUUCAAAGCCAGUCUCCACAGGGAAUUUGCAGAUGAGUCCAGACCCAGGGGGAUGCUCCCAGAUCUGGGCAUUUUUAAGAGUCAGUCCGAAGUUUCUCUGAUCUGCCUCACAACCAUCAUCAGAGACUGGUUGCUCUGA